AUGAAGGGAUCCAAUAAUUUAAUCAAGACUUUGCUAUCUAGAAAGAAAAAGGUAAGACAAAUUUUAUUCUCUAUUGCAUUGAUAUACGUAAUUGUUAUUGUUUUAUUCAAAAAUUCUAGGAUAUCAUUAAACUAUCUACAAAAAACAAGAAAUUUAGGUAUAAAAUUACCUACCACAUCAUUCUCAAAUGGUACUCCAUUAAAUCUGAAAUAUAUUAAUGUUAACUCAAAUAAUGAAAUUGAUGAUUUGAGAAAACAAUUAGCAUUCACUUUCCCAUAUGAACCAGAAAAACCAAUUCCAAGAAAUGUAUGGCAAACUUGGAAAUGUAAUAGAGACUCUUCAAAAUUUCCAUCAAGUUUUAAAAAAUUAUCUGAUAAAUGGAUGGAAGAAUCAAAGGCUUCUCAAUAUAAUUAUAACUUGAUUCCUGAUGAUUAUCUAGAGACGUUUCUAACUAAUAUUUAUGGUGAAGUUCCAUUAAUCAUCGAUGCUUUCAAUAUUAUGCCUGUUAAUAUAUUAAAAGCAGAUUUUCUAAGGUACUUGAUCUUAUAUGCAAGAGGUGGCAUUUAUUCUGAUAUGGAUACUGUGCCGUUGAAACCAUUGAAUUCAUGGCCAAGUGUAAAUAGUUCGUAUAUCUCCAAUUUAAAAGAUAUAUCUGAUGGGAUUGAGUAUAAGAACAAAGAUACAUCUGCAAAGAUUAAUCAAUUGGAACCAGGAUUUGUAGUAGGAAUCGAGGCUGAUCCAGAUAGAGAAGAUUGGAGUGACUGGUAUGCAAGAAGAAUUCAAUUUUGUCAAUGGACAAUUCAAUCGAAACCCGGUCAUCCGAUUCUAAGAGAACUUAUUUUAAAUAUCACAGCAACUACAUUAAAUAGCGUGGAUUUAGAGUCAGUAUCUUCAGGGACGGAUUUAAAAUUAAUUUCAACUUCAGACAGUAAGCAGAUAAAAAAAAUGAUUGGCAAUAACAAAGAAUUAGAUUACAACGUAAAUUAUAGAGAUAAGAGAAGAAACGAUGAAUCGUAUCAACAUUCAAAGUUGAAGAAUAAAAAAAUAGUUGAUGGUACAGAUAUUAUGAAUUGGACAGGUCCAGGCAUCUUUUCAGAUAUUAUAUUUGGAUACAUGAAUAAUAUAAUUGACAACAAUAAAGACAUCUCAUUAGUCAAUGGAAAUCUAAUUAGUAAUAAUUAUUUGCAAAGUCUACAGCAAAGUGACGAAGAAAGAGCACAAACGACUAAAAAAUUCUACAAAGAAAUUACCGAAAGCUUAUUAAAUGAUAAUCAUAUUCCGUGGUCGUUUUUCUCCUUAAUUCAAAUACCAGUUUUAGUGGAUGACGUUAUGGUUUUACCAAUCACAAGCUUUUCACCAGACGUUGGUCAAAUGGGAGCUAGGGACAGUUCUCAUCCAUUAGCAUAUGUUAAACAUAUGUUUAGUGGUUCGUGGAAAGAUUCUGCUGAUAAAAAUGCUGGUCAUUAA